AUGUUCGAAAGACUCACCGACACCUUUGUCAAAGCCAUUGCAGCUCAGGGGACGUCCAGGCCAGCCGAUCGACCAUCCCGACAACCAGGACAAGGCGGCGACAACUGCAUGUUCUGCGGCAGUCCCGAACACUUCAUGCGCGCCUGUCCCGAGGUCACCGAAUACAUUCGGAUCGGCAAAUGCAAGAGGAAUAUCGAGGGGAAGGUUGUAUUGUCAAGUGGGGCAUUCGUACCCAGAGAAAUCACGGGUAGUAAUCUGAAGGACCGAGUUGACGAAUGGCACCGCAAGAAUCCAGGCCAGUUGGCGACCGGACAGAUGAUGUUUACGGUAAACGCGGCGCCGACUCACCCGAUGACGAUAGCCUCCCGUCACGAUUCACCCUCAUUGCUGGAUGUCACCCCAACUUACCAACUCACCGACAUCCAGCGAAUUGCGAGCCUCGAACGCGAACUAUUCGCGCUCCGAACACGGGGCGCAAGGGCACGCGAAAUGGCGCAGACAGGACGUUCGGCGCCUACCCCUUCACCGGCUCCCGAACGACGAGCGAGGACCGAAAUUCCCGAACCCGAACCCCGACCAACCACCCCGACUCAGCGACCGCCCCCGGUACCAGCCAAGGACGAUGCUCCGAUCCACCCAUACGCCAAAGCCCAGGACGCCACCUAUGCACCACCGCACGAACGCAACAUGGGAGCCCCGGCGAAGAUACCAUCGGCUAAGAAGGACGCUCCGGCCUACAAGACUACGGCGCCGAUCUACGACGAGAAGGUAGCAGCCGAGGUCUACAACAGGGCGAUGGCCACUCAGGUGACGCUUACCCAGCGCGAACUACUCUCCCUCUCCGCCGAAGUCCGUUCGCAGGUCAGGGAAGCCACGUCGGCACGCCGAUCGCCUACCAAAGACGCCAGCAAUGUUCGGACCUUCUACCAAGAUGCCGAUCUACCCUAUGCCAUCGACGAUCUCGAACCACCGACUCGACCGACCGUCUCCUCCUUCGUCAAUGUCCUGCACCAACCUGAAACACCUCCACCUGGCGCGAUCAUCAUCCCCGAUACGUACGAAACAUAUCUGAAGAGUCUACAGCCCGGUCAGGUUCCUCUGCCGUUGAUAGUUGCUAAAGAAUCUUCAGCCCUAAGGUCCAUUGUUCCCCUCGUCGAUCACCAACAGGAAGUCGAAUGCAUCAUCGAUCUGGGUUCACAAGUCAUCGCCAUGUCGGAAGGCAUUUGCAAUGAACUGGCGCUCAUCUACGACCCCGAAAUCGUCCUCAAUAUGCAGUCGGCGAAUGGCGAAAUCGACCGAUCCUUGGGCCUCGCACGCAACGUCCCAUUCCUCAUCGGCGAUAUCACCUUGUACUUCCAAGUCCACAUCAUUCGUAACCCAGCCUACGACGUUCUCCUCGGUCGGCCCUUCGACAUCCUCACUGAAAGUAUUGUCAAGAAUUAUUCAAACGAAGACCAGACGAUCACCAUCAGUGACCCAAACACGGGACGACGAGCCACCAUUCCGACGAUUAGAUGA